AUGACCGCCACCUUCCCCUCCUCACCCGAGCCCAGCGACCCUCCUCUCCCUCCCUACCGCCUUUCAGCGCUCCUCCAAGCCCACACCUCCGAUGUUCGCUACCUCUCCGUCGCCCCACUUGCCUCGUCUCCCCAGCUCUUCAGCGCAUCGCGGGACGGGUCGGCUCGGUCCUGGGUUCAGAAGGAAGGAGUAGAAUGGAUGCAGGACAAGGAAUGGAAGCAGGGACACGAGGGGUUCGCCAAUGCGCUUUGCUGGAUUCCGCCGGUCGAGGAGGAAGAGGAUAAGGCUGGAUACCUCGCCACAUCCGGUUCCGACGCCCUAAUCCAGCUCUACUCCCUCUCCUCCCCCUCGUCCGCACCCGUUCAAACCCUCCUCGGACACGCACACAAUGUCUGUGCCCUGCAUGCGUCGAAGGACGGGACGAAGAUGGUUAGUGCGAGUUGGGAUGGGACUGCGAGGGUCUGGGAGAGACGGAGAGAAGAGGAGGCGAGGGAGGAGGGCGAGGAGGGAGAGUGGACAUGCGAGAGGGUGCUGGCAGAUCAUGGAGCGGCGGUUUGGGAUGUGCUGAUGCUCGAAGAAGGUGGCGGUGGCGAUUCUGUGCUGACGGCCUGCGCCGACUCUCGCAUCCGGCUAUUCGACGGAGACAAGCUGCGCCAUCUCUUUAAGGGCCACGAAGGACCCGUUCGGAGCCUAUGUGUCUUGCUGCCAGAAGAAGCGGACUCGACCCUCUUCGCAUCGGGCUCGAACGACGGGUGCGUGUUUAGCAUCCUCCUGCUUCUUCUUCACCUCACUGACUAUUGUUAUCUUGGCAGCACCAUCCGCCUGUGGGACUGGCGUACCGGCACAGCCCUCUCUAUCCUCGGCCAGCAAGGCUCAUUCGUCUACUCUCUCGCGCCGAUCCCUUCGCGCGCAGGCGGCGGACUCGCAAGUUCCGGCGAAGACGGGAUAAUCAAGAUUUGGAACGAAGAGGGGAGGGAGGAACAACAGGUUUUGGUGCCGGCUUUGUCGGUCUGGACGCUCGCGACACUACCUAAUGGAGACCUCGCUUGCGGGUGCUCGGAUCACAUGAUCUGGAUCUUUACGCGGGAUGAGCAGCGGUUGGCGGAUGAGGGAACGGUGCGGAUCUACGAGGAGCGGCUGGAGUCGAGGAGAGCGUCGAAGGCGCCCGCAACGCCCAAGCCUCGAGUCGAAGGACCCGCGGCGCUGGACCAGCCAGGCAAGGCGGAAGGCGAGGUCAAGCUCGUCCAGGCUGACGACGAGCAAGUCAAGGCGUAUCAGUGGGACGGCACGACUUGGGUCGAGCUGGGCGAAGUCGUCGACCCUUCUUCUGCUGCGUCUGAUGCGACCGCCGCACCCUCACAACCUCGCGAGAAGAUGCUGCACGAGGGCGUCGAGUACGACUACGUCUUCCACAUCGACGUCAAGGACGACGAGCCGCCCAUCCCGCUCCCGUUCAACCUCGAGGAUGACCCGCAUGCCACCGCGUCGGCCUUUGUCGAGGCGCACUGGCUUCCGUCGAGCUACGUCGAGCGGAUUGUCGAGUUUGUGCGCGCCUCGACGUUGGCGUAG